CGUUCUCUCCCUCCGUGUGGCACAGUUUCGCUCAAUUUUCCGACCGUCCGUGAUCGUUGUCGUCGUGGUAAAUAUCGUCCGUUUCUCGUUGUCAACGACGGGUUUUCGGAAGUGCGCGAUCGUCCGUGCGUUAUUAUCGUGAGAGAGGAAGAGAGACGAGAGUAAUCGCGCGCGGCGUGAGAGAAGCCGAUAGCCGGAGCAAUAGUAGCAACAGCAACAGCAGCAGGAACGUGUCGUCGUCACUAUCAUCAUCGUCAUCAUCAUCAUCAUCAUCAUUAUCGUCGUCCGAACAACCGCGCGUCGCAGGGGAAACGACGUAAACGGUCGUCGUGGUCGUCGUAGUCGUGGUCGUGGUCGUUGACGACGUUGUUACCACCGCGCGCUCGCAGCGAUACGUCACGUAUGCCGUGUCUCGCAAAGGCGGCCUCCCCGGCGCGGCGGUCUCCUCUACCUACCUACUCCAUGUGCCGACGGUAGGGCAGCGGAGGGGAGGGGGCGGGCCCUUCGGGAAAGCAACCGAGCCGAGAGGACAACUAGUCGUACGCAGAUAGGCGAGCUGUUGAGUCGCUGAGCGGUCUGCUCCUUCGGUGCUCCCUCGUUGCUCACUCGCCGGUAUUAUUAGUCAUCGGCGCGCGAAUUAUACACAGUGAGUGCGCUCGCGCGGUAAUACAAUCACGUUGCACAGCGUCGUCGUCGUGUCGCGUGUGCGUGCGUGCGUUUGUUGACAGUGCGUCCGUCUGCCAGCCCAACUUCGGCCCUCGUGGUAUACGCCGGACGGAAUAGACGUCGUCUUGUUCUACGUCUGACUUGUGUGUUCAUCCGCAUCGUGGUGCGCGCCGAUAAGAGCAGUCGGAGGACAGAGGAAAGGAAAACGGCGUCUCGAAAGGGGGCACCUCGGUUUCGGUGCUCCGCGCGUUUCGACGUGUGACGAAUGUUAAAAUCGCGCACGAGCUCACCCGACCGAUCGCUAUCAUGUUUCGGACGUAGUCCCGUAGUCGACCGACGACUUCGCCGCGGUCUGCACCGUGUAUGUACGUUUGGUGGUGCGCGAUGGUUUCUCCUCUUUCCUCCCAGGUAAACCUCUGUCGUAACUCGUGACAGAAAGAAACAAGGGAGCGUGACUGGUGAUCAAUAUUAUUCCUAUUCGUACGACGGGCAACCAAAAUAUCGAGUGCGUACGUGUGUGCGUGUGUGUGUGUGCGCGCGCGCGCGCGCGUGUGUGUCUGUGUGUGUGUUUUCCUCUCGUCCUCGUCUUCUUCGACGUUGUCGUUACCGCGUCAACGUUGUCACGUCGAACAGGGUGUGUGCGUGCACCAGGUUUCGUUUCGCGAAACGUUAAGAUCGCGAGCGAUGUCCCGCAAACGUGACGAACCGAACGGAACAGACGGACAUGGGGAUAUAGACAGAUACACCCGCAGAUACAUAUAAAUGUAACAUAUUGACAGCGGGCACUCGCGCGUCGUCCAAGAGAGAAACAAAUAUUCGGUAAAUAAAUUUGUGGAAGAGAGACGAAGGAAAGCGCGCGCGAGAGAGAGAGAGAGAGAGAGAGAGAGAGAGACGGGACAAACGAAUCGGAGGAACUAGUCGCAUCCGAGAGGGGACGGGGACGAGGGGGGGCCUGAGUAGUGGCCCGUCGUCGUUUCAUAUAUGUGCCGAUACGCGAGCACGUCCGCCGUCCGUCGUGUGGUGCGUCCUCUCGCGCAUGGGUGAUAUGUUAUUGGAGAUGGAGCAGCAUUCGGGCCUGAUAUCCCUGAACAUGUCGCCGUUCCACCUGAGCCCGCAGGGCAGCCCGCAAGCCACCGCCGGGCAGCAACCCCCGCAGCAACAGCCGCAGCAGCCGCACUACGUCGGCUCGUCGGCGGUUUACAGCAGUUGCGCGCAAAACUCGCCAUCGUCCAUGUGCCAUCAGCAGUCCCAAUCUCAGCAACACAUGUCCGCCGCUCACAAUCAGCAGCCGGCACAGUCGCAGGGUAUGUCGAGUUUCGAGGCUGCCUUCUUCGACUCCCCUCUCGACGAUCAUCGAGUCCUGUGUCCCAUGUGCGGCCACAAGAAUCGGAUAACGGACAUGUCCGGUUAUCAGGCGUGCGGUGUCCUCACGUGCGAAAGCUGCAAGCACUUUUUCAAACGCAACGGCUCCCCGUGCAGCAGUAAAAAGGUUUACACGUGUCUCUUUUCUCAAACGGGUGGCAACGGCGGCGGCGGCGGCGGUGGCGGCAGUGGUGGCGGUGGCAAUAGUAGCAACGGGGGUGGCGGCGGCGGUGGCGGUAGUAAUUGCGGCGCGUCUUCGGGACUCGAGAUCUGCACCAAUAAGAAGGUGUACACAUGUCUGUUCCCGCCAACAGGAGCCGGAAGCGGUAACGGAGCUUGCGGCGGUGGUAACGGCAGUGGCACGUCCAAUAAUCUAGAAGGUAACGGCGGUGGCUACUCCGGCAACGGUGGCGGUGGCAACGGCAGCAGCGGCACUGCCGCCGGAGGAGGUGGUGGUCCAGGCACGGCCAACGCCACGGUCAGCGGUGGACCGGCCGUCGCGGGAAGUGGCAACGUCGCCGCCGCCGGUGGGGUCCCGACCGGCGGCGGCGGCGGCGGCAGCGGCGGCGGUGGUGGUGGUGGUGGUGGUGGUGGCGGCGUCGGCGGCAGCGGCGGCGGUACCCUCUGCCAUCCUGGACUGGGCCAGGUCGGCGUUGUCACCGGCUCGAUACCCUGCCCGUCCGACUUCCCGGACACCAAGGACAUCGUCAUCGAAGAGCUGUGCCCCGUGUGUGGCGACAAGGUGUCCGGUUAUCACUACGGUUUACUCACGUGCGAGUCCUGCAAAGGAUUCUUCAAGCGUACCGUCCAGAACAAGAAGGUCUAUACGUGCGUCGCCGAGAGGUCCUGUCACAUCGACAAGACACAGCGGAAACGGUGUCCCUACUGCCGCUUUCAAAAGUGCCUCGAGGUCGGCAUGAAGCUCGAAGCUGUGCGAGCGGACAGAAUGCGGGGCGGUAGAAACAAAUUCGGACCCAUGUACAAGAGGGACAGGGCGCGGAAGCUGCAGCUGAUGCGUCAACGGCAACUGGCGAUCCAGACGAUUCGCGGCAGCCUCGGCGACCCGGCCAGCUACUCAUCCGCGGUUGCGCCCCUGAUGCACAUCAAGCAGGAGAUCCAAAUACCUCAGGUCUCGAGUCUGACCUCGUCACCGGAUUCGAGCCCGUCCCCCGCGACCGUGGCCGCGGGCCUGGUCACGACGCAGGCCGGCGGCAGUGGCAGCGGGGCCGGCCAGCACCAGCUGAUCGCGCCAUCCAGCCAGCCUAACAUCGGUACCAGCGGUGGCGGCGGUGGCGGUGGCGGCAGCGGUGGCGGUGGUGGCGGUGGAGGCGGCAGUCACAAUCACCUGCACAACCUCAAUCCGGGUCUGGAUAGCAAACUCUGGGCCGCCAACUCCACUACUCCCGGAACGAAGGUCUUCAACUUCGGCGAGCAAUCCGUGCAACCGCAUGGCGGCGGGAUGCUCAACUAUGCACCUAAUCCUCCCGUCGCACUCAAGACACUUAGCCCGAUUAUAAGGGAGUUUAUGUUGACGAUCGACGACCGCGAAUGGCAGUCGUCUCUCUUCUCUCUGUUGCAAAAUCAAACGUAUAAUCAGUGUGAAGUGGACUUGUUUGAAUUAAUGUGCAAAGUGCUCGAUCAGAAUUUGUUUUCGCAGGUGGAUUGGGCUAGAAAUUCGACGUUCUUCAAAGAUCUCAAGGUUGAUGAUCAAAUGAAGUUGCUGCAGCACUCUUGGUCGGACAUGUUGGUACUAGAUCAUCUUCAUCACAGGUUACACAAUAAUCUACCUGACGAGACGACACUUCACAAUGGCCAAAAGUUUGAUCUUCUCUGUCUCGGCCUACUUGGAGUUCCUUCCUUGGCCGAAACCUUCAGGGAAUUAUCCAAGACGCUUCAGGAACUAAAAUUCGAUAUCCCUGAAUACAUAUGCAUGAAAUUCUUAAUGCUAUUGAAUCACGAUGUCCGUGGACUAGUAAACAAGAAACAUGUGCAAGAGGGUCAUGAACAGGUUCAACAGGCGCUUAUGGAAUACACAAUAAAUAAUCACCCAUCUGUACUGGAUAAAUUUAAUAAACUGCUGGCAGUAUUACCGGACAUUCACGAGGUGGCAACUAAGGGAGAAGAGCAUCUUUAUCAGAAACAUUGUAAUGGAGGCGCGCCAACGCAAACGCUUCUCAUGGAGAUGCUUCACGCCAAGAGAAAAUGAAACGAUCAGUUUUACUUGGUAAUUUUUGCCAUCAAAUAAGAAAAAAAGUCCGUUAUUACACAUCUGUGUGUGUGUGUGUGUGUACACGCGCGCGCGCGCACACACACACACACACGCACACACACACAUACACACACAUCGAAAGUCUUGUUAAUGUCCCUAAUCGUGAGACAAAGUGGACCUCAAAGUACCUAUUAAGAGCUAAAACGCUGCUAAGGUAUCGGACCAAGUAAAGGGGCCCUGGUUCAUGAAAUACCUAUGCAUACAAAUCAAGUAUAGACGUAUAUACUUUACACAUUUUACACACACACACACACACACACACAGAGUAUAUGUAUUAUAAAGUGUAUCUAAAUAUAUAAACACAAUGACAUAUAUUUUCUAUAUUUGAUGUUGAAGUUUUAGAGAUGUAUCCAUGGAGAAUUACCUGUUAAUGGGUAUAAGCGCAGGGAAACAGUAAGCAAGAUGCCUUGAAAACAGUACAAAGGGUGGUUAUAACAAAAAAUAUUGGUCAAAGGGCAAGCAAAUUUUUGUCUAAAUAAGUAAAGCUAUUUUUCUAAUACUUAGAGGCGACCUUAUUUUUAAGCAUACCACACUGAAGCCUUGCUCUCACUCGAAUGAAAUAUUAUCUUAGUAUUGCUAAAAGAGAAUGAAAUUCUCUCUCCAGAUCAAUUGUGCUUCUGCAAGGGAUUCAAAGGGCAUAUUUGAAUGACAAUGAACUUGCAUGUGAUAUACAUAUGUUUGUCGCACGGCCACCUGGGCAUCCUUAGAAUUUUCCUAUAACGAAAAAAAAAUCUGCAUUUUUGUCACACUUGCACACAGCGGAGCUACUAUAUAUUGUAAAUAACUAGUUAACACAUUCCAAUUAUGUUGUAAAGUACAGAUGUUAAAUAUGUAAUUACAAUAUUUUGUGUAUAGUUGAAUAAUGAAAUGAAAUAAAUAUAUUUCUGUUGCUUACUUGAGGAAAAUCAUUAGCUACUUAAUGUCUUCACUAAUUUUAGGAUUUUAUUCAUGUAUUUUUCUUUAUUACUUCUCAAAUAGGUGGCGGAAAGGAAUAACUACAAAUUGCGAUAUUUUACUAUUGUAUGUUGUAUCAUAAUAAAGAUUCUGUUUAAGAAAUAAAAGAAUCAUUGGAGCAAGGUUUAUGUGGUCCUA